CUCUUGGUCCCUCCUGACUUAAUUGAUGUCCAAUUUCUUUCAUGUAUAUUCUUGUCGAUCAUCUUGUCGUGUGGAGCGGUGAUCCCCUCGUUAUCUUUCUGCCUAUCUAUCUCCGCAUCUACUUUAUGCUGUCUAUUGUUUUCUCUCUCUCUACGUCCAUCUGAAAAUCGGGCUUCUUGACCGCUCUCCACCCCAUAUUCCAGCUCAAUUGAGCCGGAUGCAAACCCCAGAAGAAUCAUGCUGCUUACACUGAAGCCUGCCUCCCAGAACGGAGUUAAAGGUCCUCAUGAGUACUCCAUUGUUCGCCAGUCCGUUCCAACCCCACGGUCAUCCCCGCCCCCCGUGCCUGACCUCCCAGCAGCGGUCACCGCACCCUCAACAAGCUCCUCUGCGGACCGCUCCAUGGACCCCUCGCGCUCAGGAUUGCCGCCUCCUGCCUCGUUAACCUUACCGCCUCCCAAUGUGGGCUUUGCCAAUGUGUCUGGCUCUGCGAUGAACCAGCCACUCCCGCCGCCCCCGGGCCAAUGGCAGUCCUCGGAUGACUCCAUGCGACAAUGGCUCCAGGCCAAAGCGGAGGAAGAUCGGAGGAAGCAGGAAGAAGAGAAGACGCGCCAAGAGACCUUGCGACUCGAACAGCGGAGGGUCGAACAAAGCAUGCUUCGUGAUUCCUUGCAGGCCGGUGUCCCACCUCAGAUGAUCCCGCUCAUCUUCGCCGGCAUCAGUCCUGGCGGUCUGCCGGCAUCCAUGCUCGAACUUACUCAACAAUACCUAGCUCAACCCUCUGCACCUCGCGGUCCUGCUCCGCAGAUGCCUGUCAUGUCUCAUGCACAUCCCCAUGCCCAGCGCAGGCCUACACAUGUCCGCCAAGACUCCCGUACCAUUCCCUCAAAUGCAUAUGUUGCUCCACCGGUGCACCCUCAGACUGUGCCCCCUCCGGGAGUUCUGCUAUCUCAGCCAUUGCAUACUGUUGGAGCCUCUCCUACCCCGCAACCGCUGGGUCGUCCGUCAGUAUCCAAUGGCCCCGCUGAUCCACGCUUUGCUGUUGCAGCUAUCCCUCGCAUGAACCCUGGGGAGUCACAGCUCCAACCGCCCAUUAAUCUCAGCAACGUGCACUAUGCCCCAGGUUCGUCCAUCCCGUCAACUCAGCCUCCGCGGGGCAAGUCAGAUUCUUCGUCUCGCCAGUCCCCUCCAUCCCUAUACUUCCACCACUGGGUCCCUCCAGGUCAGACGGCAGGACAUGCGCAAUCGGGAAGAGGUAGGCAGGAAUCACCGGGUGCCGUACAAGGAUCUCGGCAUGUGGACUCCAAUGUCUCUCCCGGACGGAAGAGGAAGGCCCAUGGGGCACACCAUCCAGCGCCAUUGCCAUCGUCUCGUCCCCCGGAAUCCUUCCCUGGCUCUUCGCAGACAUCUCAGCCAGGGUCUCCGGCCCAGGAAUAUCAGACCGAGCAAGCAGCACCGCCAACGCAUCACCAUCACUCUCUCCCAAGAUCGAGUGAUGCAUCUGCUCCGUACCAGACACCGGCGGAAGAUGUAAAACGUGAGCACCGCAGUCGAGGUACUAGCCCGACCCACUCUUCAGAACGCAUGAUUGUGGAUGAUGCUAGAUCAAAUCAGCGUGAUCGAGCUGAUAAUGAGGACCGUUAUGAAGAGAACAAUACUUCUGCAGGACAUGCCACCUCGCCCCAUAUAGUUCGGGUACAGCGAAGCGAAGCAGCCUCUUAUCACGAUCCUCGCAGCAGUCCUGCCCGCUCACCAACAGCAAAAGCUUUGCAACUGUCCCAAGAGCAUAAUCCGGCCUCGGGACACUAG